AUGUCGUCCGAAAACACAUCCUCGGCCAUCCCAUCUGGUCUACCGGCGCUGGAUCCCGUGACGGGGAGGCUCGACCCCAAUGAUCCACACGUCAAGGCUCAGUUGGAAGCGGCAUUGAACGUGGACAAGAGCAAGAUUCCAAGACCUUACAAGUGUCCAUUGUGCGAUAGAGCAUUCUAUAGGCUGGAGCAUCAGACUCGUCACAUUCGAACUCAUACCGGCGAGAAACCCCAUGCAUGUACUCAUCCCGGAUGUGAUAAGCGAUUCUCUCGAUCGGAUGAACUCACUCGACACGCGAGAAUCCACCUUCCACAGGGUACAGAAAAUGGGGGAACGAGGAGCAAGAGACAUUCGCCCGAGCAUCACGACGACCGACACAAUCUCUCUCAUCUCGGGGCAUCCUACGGUAUGGACUUUGAUCGGCCCGAUUACGCAUCGUCAGCGUACAACCUCGGUCCGUUCGGUGUGGGUGGUUCAGCCGGAAUGAACGAUAUCUCAGCGCUCGCCGCUGCGGCCUCGGAUCAAUUGUACGAAUUGGAGCGACACGAAGCCUUCAGGCGAGCAGAGUACGAAUUGAGACAUCGUCAAAUCGCUGGAUCUCGCGGAGGUUCCAUUGCUUCAGCACCCCCGCCCUUGGGAAGCGGUCUCGGGACAGAGAGAGAUCGACUGCUUCAUGGUAUUCCAGCCCAGGGAGGUGGUCAAAUCGUUUAUCCCGUAUCGGCCGCUCAACCCGCCUCGGCUGGUCAUCCUGCUGUACCCGCUGGAACGCUUGCCGACCCGACAUAUCUCGUCCCUCCGACAUGCUGUCAUGAGGACUGUCACAAGAGUUAUCGAAAACGACUCAAGGCGGCUCGAGAAACUCAGGCUUGUCCAGUGUGUCUGACAUCGGGACAUGGUGGACGAGGAGGCGGUCCAUCUGGUGGAGGUGGUGGUGGAGGAGGAGGAGGAGGAGGAGGACACGGGGGCGAUUCAAGUGAUGGAAGUACGCCGAAAGAUCGAUCUCACGUAGGAUCACCGGACGACUUGACAAAGCUCAGUGGAGGAGGAGGAGGAGGAGGAGGGAUGAUGAACGGUUCCGCUGCGAAUGGCAGUGGAUAUCAUCUCCAUCACCACAAUCUCGCGACUCAGCUCGCGAAGCUCCAACAACAACAUCAACUUGCAGCCAUACAACAAGCUCGUCUCAAACAGCGAUACGGUAAUUCUUUCCAGUACCCUCUUCAAUCCUCUCGACGACACAGUCGACCUUAUACCGUCGACUUGCACUCACAUAGAGGGAUCAACACGCCCAUGUCGGCUCAACAGUCUCGUGAAGCUUCGCCGAGCUCUGAAGAUUCGAGCGAUGAUGAAUUGGUUGAUAUCAACCACGUCGCCCCCCCUUCACCCGUCUUGACGGGUCUGCGAUCCAUGACCUUAUUACAUGGAGCCAAGACAGCCCCUGUCUCCAUCUCCAACACUCCACUGCACUCGCGUGGGCCCAGUCGCGCUUCGUCCCCUGUCGAAGGACACAGUGCGACAUCAGGUAAACACGGACAUGGAUCGCACCACAAUAAGGACGCUAAACGUGCUUCUCACCCUUAUUCUCACUUUUCUACACCCAACACACCUCAUUUCCCACCGUCCAAGACGCGAAUGUCACCUCCGCAAUUGUAUCGGACGUUAUCCGGCGGACACGCUCAUACCCACGGACAUGGCGGUGCUCAUCCAUCACAGAGCGUGGAGGAUAUACUCAACUCGACCAAACUCCCACCUCCCCGACGUGACUCAAAUCGAAACCUUCCUCUCCCCACGACUUCCUCUCCCUUCUCUUCAUCCGUUCCUUCCGUCAGCUACUCGCUCUCUUCUCAAACAAACUCGACUCACGUAUCACCUGUGACGUCUAGAGCAUCAUCACCCGUUCAUUCGACCCAUUACUCGAGCAACAGUCAUCAUGGAUCUCAACCUCACGCUCACGCGGUGCACAACCAUAGUCAUUUGGCUCAUGGUGUCCGAGCGGCAUUCGGCAUGACACCCAUCUCUCGAUCGUCAUCUCAUCAAUCGCAUCCUUCUUCCAAUGGGUCGAGCGUGUCCCCUAGAUUUGGACCUCCCGCCAGUCCACCUCACAAGCUCCCUCCGUUGAGUCUCGGAGGAGCAGGCGACGGGAUCAAGGUGUUGCCCAGUUUGAGCAGGGGCAGCAGUCCAGUGCUUGACAGACUCGUCGGUAUGGAAGUGGAUGGUCAGGCGUAGAGAGUGGAUUGAAAAGGGUGCACAGAAGAGGUUCCCGGGGGAUCCCUGAAGUAUAUGCUCCGCUCUCAAUUGAAAGUCUCGGACAUUAUCCCUACUUUACUGGAUACAGACAACCUUGUGGAAGAGUUUGCACCGCUCUUGUCUUCUGGCUUCGUCCCGGUUCCUUCGUAUAUAGAUAUGAUUCCGACCCAUGUAUAGCAUGUAUGUAUCGAUACCAGGC